UAAUUAGCGGUAUCAAAAUAAUACAAUAUAAAAUACAUAGAAAUAGAAUAGUUUUAUACGUAGUUUUUUUUAAUGUCUAGGAACUAGAAAUAAUUUUAGCAUUUUUAUAAUGGAGUAAUAGAUAUUGGAAAUGAAUACUCAAUCAGUGCAGGAAAUCGAAGAUUUUUAUGGAGUGUAUUUAUUGGUGAGCAGAAGCUCAAAUGCAAAGUUUGUUGGUCGAACGUACAUCGGAUACACCGUUGAUCCCAACCGGCGGAUUAAGCAGCACAACGGUGGCCAGGAUGCAGGUGGUGCUAAAAAGACAUCGAACCGUGGUCCGUGGGUUAUGGUGAUGAUAGUCCAUGGCUUCCCGAAUAACAUCUCAGCCCUUCGGUUCGAAUGGGCCUGGCAACAACCCAAGGUAUCGCGCCGUUUGAAGCAAAUAUCAGAAUUACAGCGGAGGCAACGAAAAGAGAGUCACUUUGAGUACAACUUCCGCAUUCUAACCGAAAUGCUCCGUAUUGGUCCAUGGAAUCGUCUACCGUUGACAGUUCGGUGGCUGACCGAUGACUUCUGUCGUGAUUUCCAGGUAGGAAAGGGGCCCCCCAUGCAUAUGCCAAUUUGUUUCGGACGUGUGAAGAAAGUGCCGAAAAAAGGAAAAGCGUCCGAGGUCUCACAAACGAAGAGGCGAAAAAGAAGUCCCACAGCUUCAACGGGAGCUUCAAGCGUGGAAUCGAAGAGCAGUAAAAGUAAGCAAAUUACCGUUAAUUACGACUGUGAUGUAGAUGAGUAUGACCUCCUUGUGAUGGGAUCCAAAGGGAACCGGGAUUACAACGCUACCGCAGUGCUGACGCCACAAUUGAUCGCUUCUGCUGUCGAUAAUGAUGACAUAACAAUCAGCUCAGACGACGAGGAAAACGACGGCGCUCCAAUAACAGAGCUAAUCAGUGUCGAUUGUUUGAUUUGCAACGGGCGGAUUCGAUCCAGUGGCAGCGGAUCGGUGAGGGAAGACUUCGCGCUGCGAUGUAUUCAACCACGGUGUAAGCUAAUUUGCCACAUUGAAUGCUUGGCUGAUCGCUGCCUGGAACCGGGACAGUACGUUCCCGUUGAGGGGAGCUGCCCGAUCUGCGAUAGUCACUUUUUAUGGGGAGAUCUGAUUCGGAAAGCCAACGGAUGUAGCGACCUUGUAGAAGACUCUGGUAAUAAGAGUUUGUUCGAGGUCGACGAUGUUUCAGACUGCGAGAGAGAAUGAGUUAUAUUUUUAUUAAAAACAUGUGUAUUUAAAUAAAAUAAAUUUGAUCUGAAUGUGUAUGUAGGCUAAUAUAAA